CCGCGAACUCCACCUCUGACCUUGUCCUUCUUCCUCCUCCCCCUCUCCCCAAUCCUCCUCCCCCUCUCCCCAAUCCUCCUCCUACCCCAAUCCACGACCCUCUCCCGACGGCGGAGGAAGCCGUCGAGGUGCUGGUCCCCGCUAGCCGCCCCCCUUGCCGCUACACGGAGGCGGCCGGUGCUGCGCCGACGGCGGCGGCGCGGGGAGACAUGCACAGAUCGGCGGGGGUCGCGAUGGCGUGGAACGUCUUCAGGUUCUGCACGGCCCUCAGGGGGCUGGGCUCCAUCAUGAUCCUGCUCGUCCUCGCCAUCGUCGGCGUCACCUACUACGCCGUCGUCCUCUGCAACUACGGGCCCGCCCUCCUCCUCGGCGGCGGCACCACGCUCGCCGCGCUCGCCGUGCUGCUCCUCUUCCACUUCCUGCUUGCUAUGCUGUUGUGGAGCUACUUCUCUGUUGUGUUCACCAACCCUGGUUCUGUUCCGCCCAAUUGGAAUCUUGAUUUCGACGAGGAAAGGGGAGAAACUGCUCCCCUCUCUAGUUCAGAGUACAAUAGCCAGACGAAUUCACAGCAGUCUAUGGCUGUCGGUGAUACAGGAAAUCCAAGGGUGAGGUACUGUAGGAAGUGCAACCAAUUGAAGCCGCCUCGGUGCCAUCAUUGCUCUGUUUGUGGAAGAUGUAUCCUUAAGAUGGACCAUCACUGUGUUUGGGUUGUUAAUUGUGUUGGGGCACUGAACUAUAAAUACUUUCUCCUCUUCCUGUUCUACACCUUCCUUGAGACAACGCUUGUUACCCUAUCUUUAUUGCCUCACUUCAUAGCCUUCUUCAGUGAUGUCGAUAUCCCAGGAACUCCUGCAGCACUUGCAACCACAUUUCUCACAUUUGUGUUGAAUUUGGCGUUUUCCUUGAGUGUUCUGGGUUUUAUGAUAAUGCAUGUUUCACUUGUUUCUGCUAAUACAACAACGAUUGAGGCAUAUGAGAAGAAAACUAGUCCACGUUGGAUGUACGAUCUUGGCCGGAAGAAGAAUUUUGCUCAGGUAUUUGGAAACGACAAGAAGUAUUGGUUCAUUCCCGCAUACUCAGAAGAAGAUCUGAGGCGAAUGCCUGCUCUUCAGGGCCUUGACUAUCCUGUGAGAUCAGAUUUGGACGGGCAAGAAUUGUGACAACAUGGAAUUUUCCAGGGCCCUGACUGACACAGCAGUUUGGACUGGCAAAAUGUUCGGUGUAAAAUUCGAUAGUUUUCUUAACAAUAUGCUUCAGUGCUCAACAUCUUGCACUACACACGUCAUUGCUGGAUGGUUAUGUAAGGCAUCUAGCCAGUUUUCACAGGAUAGCUCGUGAAAUCAUGCAUGGUUCCCUCCAGCUCUCGAAGGCGUCCUGUACUCUGGCUGCUGUAGUCCACGCGCUAUAGCCAUGCGAUGUAAAUUAUUUGUGCUGUAUGAAUUCUUUGUAGUGUUUUUAGAUGGGCUUUCAGAUGCACAUGAUGUACUGUUGCUGAGGUAAAGCCGAUUUGGAAAUGUACUACAGUAUUUGUUGAUGAAUUAAUCUGAGUCCAGUGACCAGUCU